AUGGGGUCGACGGUCUGCAAGGUUUGUGGUUUAGCUCCCGAAACCGCAAACCACAUUAUCAUACAAUGUCCGAUUGCUAAAGAAGUGUGGCUACAUCUAUGGUCUUGGAUGAAAAUACCGAUCAGAAGUCACGAUGAAGAUAUAAGAACAAGAAUUCAAGAGAAGUCUGAAUGGCCUAGAAACAAGGUAAAAAUAAUAUUUGCAAUCCACCUCUUAGCCGGUUGGCACCUCUGGAAGAACAGAAAUAAUAAAGCUUUCAACGACGCACUUACAAACCCGGGAAAACUGGCGGAAGAAAUAAAGGAAGAAGCGUUUGAUUGGAUCAAGUUAAGGUCUCGGCAUACCGGUAUAACAUGGCUCGAAUGGAGAAACUUUACAUUUUGGAACGUCCCACCAUAA